AUGCAUGAAAUGCUCUUCAUCAAGACCGUUAGUGAAUGCUAUAUCCAGCAUGCCAGCAAGCAAAUUACAGUAGACAAACAAUACAAAGGUAUUGUAGACUGUAUAGUACGUAUUCCCAAGGAGCAGGGCUUCUUGUCCUUCUGGAGAGGCAACUUGGCCAAUGUCAUUAGGUACUUCCUAACACAAGCUCUCAACUUUGCUUUCAAGUAUAAGCAUAAGAACAUUUUUCUGGAUGGUGUUGACAAGCAUAACCAGUUUUGGAGGUACUUUGCUGGUAAACUUGCCUCUGGUGGUGCUGCUGGAGCCAUGUCCCUGUGCUUUGUCUACCCCCUUGACUUUGCCAGAACCUGUUUGGCUACUGAUAUCGGAAAGGCUGGUGCAGAGAGAGAAUUCACAGGUCUUGGAAACUGUUUAACAAAGAUCAUUAAGUCUGAUGGUCGGAAGGGCUUGUAUCAGGGCUUCAACGUGUCUGAGCAAGGCAUCAUCAUCUACAGGGCGGCUUACUUUGGCAUUUAUGACACAGCAAAAGCUGACAUAAUGUACAGUGGCACUAUUGACUGCUGGAGGAAGAUUGCACAUGAUGAGGGUGGCAAGGCCUUCUUCAAGGGUGCCUGGUCCAAUGUGCUCAGAGGUAUGGGUGGUGCCUUCGUCCUGGUUCUGUACGACGAGCUCAAGAAGAUUAUGUGA